CCAAAGCCGCGACUUUGCCAGAUAAACAGGCCGCUUUGUGAAGGCGGCCCGUUUGUGAAAACACAAUUAAGGGGGGGAAGCCUGAUAAUCCCUGCUAAUGAGGAGGAGACGGGCGGCGGCUGCAUCCCGUCUGGAUGGAUGUCCGUCCGUCCGGGGAUUCAGCGAUGGACGGUCCCAAGCGUCCCAGUGGAGGAGCCUCCUUCACCAUUGACUAUCUGCUUUUUGACCAAGGGAAGAAGGCGCCCCAAAAGGAGACCGGGCCGGAUACGGAUCGGACAGUGCCGGACCUUUCGGACAAGCCCAACCAGUCCUACAUCGCCCUCAUCUCCACCGCCAUCCUCUCCUCACCCGAGAAGAAGCUCUUGCUUUCGGACAUCUACCAGUGGAUCAUGGACAAGUACCCCUACUUCAAGAACAAGGAGAAGAGCUGGCGCAACAGUGUCCGCCACAACCUCUCCCUAAACGAGUGCUUUGUCAAGGCUGGGCGCAGCGAGAAUGGCAAGGGCCACUUCUGGGCCAUCCACCCGGCCAACCUGGAGGACUUCUCCAAGGGUGACUACCACCGGCGCAGGGCCAGGCGCCGAAUACGCAGGAUGGCGGUCAACUUGGGCUACUUUCCUCCGUGUGCCCUGCUGGGCCUGGGCUGCUGCCCCCCAGUGCGGCUGGGCCUGUGCUGCCCACCUUAUGGCCCCCCCAUGGCUGCUACAGCCCUACGUCCCCCUUGCUGCCCGCCAGCCCUCCCUCCACUGCUCCUGCCCUCCUGGCCGCAGCCCCAUGCCACCCUCUGACCACCUCUGGGGUCAACAGGAGGCCACACCAAUGAAGGCCGAAGCCUGGCACAGACAGAGACGAAAGACUGCUUUGCAGGUUUGCGAGCCGUUUCUGGACCACCAUUUCCCAGGGAUUCAAAGUCUGGACCACCUCCAUUCUCACCAGACUCCAUGGCUCUAUGCCUGCUGCUGUGCCAGGCCAGACUUCGGAGUCAUUCCGGAAUUAGAAGACAUCAGAGAGUGUCUACGUUUUCUUGGGACACUCUAUUUUGAUCCAUCCCUGUAAGCAUCUCAACUUCAUCAAUGGGAAGUGGGUGGGACCAGGACCCAAUGAGGGUGGGGUUAUGCAAAGCAGCUCCCAAGUGGGUGGGGUCUGUCCAGGGCCAAACCUAGACCCAGUUUCUGAAAAAAAAGUUCCUAUUUCCUCUUAGCUAUGUAAUAAAUGUUGUCCUGUUUGAUUGUUCUAAUAUUGCUAUAAAUUAUUAUUAUUAUUAUUAUUAUUAUUAUUAUUAUUAGAUACACAAGAUUAGUAUACCGCAAACAAGAUCACUGUGCUGGCUUUUGUAUUUGAUCACAAGUCAGACACUUCCCAAAUGUCUAGGACUGUGUGAUGUAUCGGCGAAAUAAUACAUGCAGAUCCAAGUAGGGUGGCCUUUUGCAGCUGACAGAUGGCAAUAUUGUCAGCGCCAAUUGUUUUUAAAUAUAGGCCAAGGACUUUAGGCACUGCACCCAGUGUGCCGAUCACCACUGGGACCAUCUUUACUGGCUUGUGCCAGAGUCUUUGCAGUUCUAUCUUUAAAUCCUCAUAUCAUGUAAGCUUUUCCAGUUGCUUAUUGCUGUUGCUGUUGUUGUUAUUAUUAUUAUUAUUAUUGGAAGCCUUGAAAGGUCUUUCCCCAUCUCGAUGGGACUUGCGGUGUUCAGUCUAAUAUUACUGCAUACAUUGUUAUUAUGCACCGUUCCAAAAUCGAUGUGCUCCAUGAGCUAAUCCUGCCUUUUGUGUUUAAACUUGCUUGGCCUAA